GCUCAGCGGGGCCGAGCGGGGCGCGGCGGCGGCGGUGGCGGCCGGGACCGGGGCCCGCUUGGGGGCGGGGCCCGGAGGGGGCCGGGCCGGCGGCCUCUUGGCUCCGGGGCGCUCAGCGGGGGGCUUCCCCAUGCACGGCGGGGCGUACGGGCCCGAGGGGGGGCCGGACGGCUGAGGCUCGCUAGCUCCUUUGGUGGUGGUGGUGAUGGUGGUGGUGGUGGUGCCGCCGCCGCCGCCGCCGCCGCCGCUAUUGCUGCCGCCGCUGCCGCCGCGCCUCGCUCCGCCCCGCCCCGCCGUCCGCAGCAGCUCUGGGCCCGCACGAGGCUGUGCACCGCGCCACAGCCCGCCAGGCGCCCAGCCGCCUAGUGAGUGCCCGCCCGCCAGGCGCCCCACCCCCGACGUCAGAAUCCCGCCGAGGGACGGCUGGCCGGCGCCGCUCGGCGUUGGUCGUCGCUGCGCCCCGAGGGCUGGGGCUCGGGCUCUGGCUACCGAGUCCGCGCGGCUGGGGCUGGGGCCUUGGCCACUCCACGAGCGCUCGGACCCGCGUUCCGCUCCGCUCCCCUCCCCCCCGCACGCAGCUGGCGCCUAAUCAGUGCCGGCCGAGCAGCCCUCCAUGCGCCCGCCUCGUGGUGUGCGGAAAAGGGCCGCGUCGGCGGGCCCUGGGGUAGGCGGUACGAACGCGAGCCGUCGCCGUGCGGGCGGACAGACAAACAGACGGAGGCAGGCACGCACGCACGCACGCUCGCUCGCUCGCUCGCUCGCCUUCACUUGAGCCUUUAAUAGUUCAUACAGCGACCAGGGUGUAUAGGGGAGCCGAGCCCCCCUCCCCCCGCCCCCCGCGCGGGAGCCAACGCCCCGCCCCGCACUGGCCGGGCCGGCGCGGGCCGAGGCGACGGAGGGGAGGGAAGAACCGUCCAGGGGCUUCGGGCCCCAGCUUCCCGAUCUGGGAGGCCCUCCUUCUCGCCCCCCCCAACUCCCCCCGCACCGGCUCCCGGGGCCCGUUGUCUGCCCAUCAGCACCGACAGAGUGGGGGGAAGUGAGCAGGGGCGGAGCGUCGAUUCGGGACACCGAGAUGGGGACCACGGGGGGGAAAGGGCGGAGCCAGCCCGGCGGGAUCCCAGACCUGGCCCUCUGGCACCUCUCGAGCCCCUAGCGGAGAGCUGCGGGAAAGAACCCCACCCCUCUCUCGGCCCCUGGGUCCUCUGAGGAGCCCCAGGCUGCGGGGGGGGGGGAAGGAGGGGUGGGGCUGGAGCGGGGCCAAGGUCCCAGCCUCCUGAUUGGCCAGCGGCUAGGGAGGUGGGGGGCAUUCAUUGCACAAAUACUGGGGGCCUACGUAGGGAACGGGGCAGGCCCAGUCUUUCUGCAUGUUACAGAUAUUACAUUUAAAAAAUAAAAUCCUCAUUCAAAAUAAUAUUUUUUUUUUAAAAAAGGGAUGAGUGGGUCGAGGAGACGCAGGAGGCUGGGGCCAUGGUAGGCCAUUUUGAAGUGGGGCUGGAUCACCCCUGCUACGGAGGUCCCAGGGGCCUUGGCCUGCCUCCUUCCCUCCUUCCCUCCCCAUCUCCCUCCCUCUCCUCAGGGCUGCCGGGGGAGUUGAGCAGAGAAGGGAGAGUCAUCGGGGGCUGCUGCCUCGGAGCCAGAGGCUGCCCCAGCCAUGCUGUCCGAUGACUGGAGAAAAACA